GCCAAGUUGGUCAACUCUCACAUGCCGCCUUCCUUCUCCCUCCCUCCUCCCACUCCCCGAGUCUCCAUCACCCCACCUGCACCCCCAAUAAAUCUGGCCGCACCUCGCCUCGCCGCUACGCCACCAUGCCCGUGCCCGCGCGCGACAUCCGAGGCCAAGAACCGGACGUCGUCCCACGAUGCGUCGGCCACGCUCCCUCCCUCCCCUCCUACUCCUCCUCCUGUGCUGCCUCUCGUGGCAGUGGCAGUGGCAGCGGCCGUGGCUCCUCCCGCCCUCCCGCUCUGCACCGACUCCAGGGCGCCGGCGCCGCUGAACGGGACGACGCUGGGCUUCUGCGCCUACAGCGGGAGCAGCUGCUGCGACGCCGCCGCCGACGCCGCGCUCAAGAAGCGGUUCGAGGCCAUGAGCGUCUCCGACGCCGCCUGCGCCGCCGUCGUCAAGUCCGUCCUCUGCGCGAAAUGUAGUCCGUUUUCAGCUGAGUUGUUCAACUCAAGCUCAAAGAUUCGGAUGGUUCCACUUCUGUGCAACUACACCUCUUCCGGAAGUUCUGCUCAAUCAAAAGAUUCCACGCAGGAUUACUGCAAACUAGUCUGGGAAACCUGCAAAGAUGUGACAAUAUCGAACUCUCCUUUUCAACCUUCCUUGCAAGGAAGUGGAAGCCUGCCUAGUUCUGCGUCAAAGCUCACAGGUGUCUGGCAGUCAGAAAAUGACUUCUGCACAUCAUUUGGUGGCUCAUCUGAUGGCGACUCGGUAUGCUUUAGUGGAGAUGCAGUUUCGUUCAACAACACUGAUCCAUCACCCUCCCCUAAAGGGGUGUGCCUCGAGAGAAUCGGCAACGGGUCAUACCUGAACAUGGCCCCUCACCCUGAUGGAUCCAACAGAGUUUUCUUGUCUAACCAAGCAGGGAAGAUAUGGUUGGCAGAUGUCCCAGAACAAGGGUCUGGAGGCACUCUGCAGUUCGACGAGGCGAACCCGUUCCUUGAUCUGACCGACGAAGUGCAUUUGGAUUCCGAGUUUGGGCUCAUGGGCAUAGCAUUUCAUCCAAAGUUUGCUACCAAUGGGCGCCUCUUUGUUUCCUAUAACUGUGAUAGAACUCAAUCGCCUAACUGUGCUGGUAGAUGUUCAUGUAACUCUGAUGUUGGCUGUGACCCUUCAAAGCUAGGCACCGAUAAUGGUGCGCAGCCAUGCCAAUAUCAAGUCGUUGUUUCAGAGUAUUCCGCAAAAGUCUCAUCAUCAAAUGUUUCUGCGGCCACAUCUGCUAAUCCAUCAGAGGUUAGCAGGAUAUUUACAAUGGGGCUGCCGUAUACAGCUCAUCAUGCAGGACAAAUACUUUUCGGACCUACAGAUGGGUAUCUGUACUUUAUGAUGGGGGAUGGUGGAAACAAAGGCGAUCCUUUCAAUUUCUCUCAGAACAAAAAAUCUCUUUUAGGAAAAAUAAUGAGGCUUGACAUCGACAACGUGCAAAGCCAGAAGCUAAUCGGUAACCAGAGCUUGUGGGGUAACUAUUCAAUUCCAAAGGACAAUCCAUUUGCUCAAGACAGUGACUUACAACCAGAGAUUUGGGCCUUGGGGUUUAGAAACCCAUGGAGAUGCAGUUUUGAUUCUGAGAGGCCUUCCUACUUUUACUGUGCAGAUGUUGGGCAGGACGCGUACGAGGAGGUAGAUUUGAUCUCCAAGGGCGGAAACUACGGAUGGCGCGCAUACGAGGGCCCAUACGUCUAUCAUCCGGAGUGGACACCCGGAGGGAACACAUCACUUAGUUCCAUAAAUGCCAUCUUCCCAGCCAUGGGCUACAACCAUUCUACUGUGAACAAGAACGUUGGGUCUGCAUCAAUUACAGGUGGAUAUGUCUACCGUGGGUCUACGGAUCCCUGCUUAUAUGGAAGGUACAUUUACGCCGAUCUCUACGCAUCGGCGAUGUGGACCGGCUCGGAGGCCCCACCGAGCAGCGGGAACUACACCUCCACCCUGACGCCGUUCAGCUGCUCCAAGAACUCCCCGAUACCCUGCGAGACCACCGACGGAGGCCCUCUCCCGUCGUUGGGCUACAUAUUCUCCUUCGGCGAGGACAACCGCAAGGACGUUCUCGUCCUGGCCAGCAAAGGCGUCUACCGGGUCGUCCGGCCCAGCCUGUGCGGCUUCGCCUGCGCCACCGAGAAGCCGGCAACGACGACGGAGCCGCCUUCGGGCCCUUCAUCGUCCCUAGCCUCGGUGACGCGAGAAGGGAAGUUGAUGGCUGUAGCCUUGGCCUCCGUUGUAUAUUCGCUGUACUUUUGAGCUCCAUGCGUGUGUAAAAUUGCAGUAUUUAUUUUGGUUGUGCUGUUCCAUAUUUGAAGCGGGUUGACCUCCGUGCUUCUCUCAUGGUACAAUCCUCUCCCUGCUGAGCCCCCUUAAUGUAGGAUUGGUGCGACAGUUCAUCACGAAAGUGACGACGAGGACAGCGCCCGUGGAUGGACAGUAAAAUUGAAAAGAAAAUAGUAAAGGAGUUUAAAAACAAAAAAUUCACAAGUUUUCUAGGUGAUCGGCUAUGGAUUUUCGGACCAAGGCCCACAUUAAUUUGCUUAACUGCAACUCUGUGUUUCUUUUGUAAAGUUUGGCAUCUCUAUCGUGGUGCGAAUGAAUGAAUGUGUUGGGUCCAGGCCGGCUUUGUUUC